AUGACGUCCAUCUGGAGCAUCUGGCUCGAGCCCCCGCCCGGCGGCGCGCUCGAGCAGAGAUCCUGCGAGUUCAUAAAGGCGCAGAGCGCCAGGCUCAAGCCCCACGGCGCGUCCGGGCCCUUCGCGCCUCACGUCACCCUCGUCGGCGGGUUCGAGUGCUCCCUCGAGGAGGCGCGCAAGAGGACGGUACAACUCGCGGCGGACCUCGCGCGCAUACCCGUCGCGCCGUUCGUGGACGUCACGAAGGGCGAGCGGUUUCAUCAGUGCGUGUACAUGCGGGUGGAGCCCAACGAUCAGCUGGCCACCGCGCACGCCAUCGCCGCGGAGGCGUUCGGGGUCAAGGCUGGUAACGGCGGCGGAUCUCCCUACAUGCCGCACCUGUCGCUCGUGUACGGCGACGUGCCCGAGUCGGAGAAGGACGCUUGCGUCGCGGAGGCUGCCGCACAGCUGUGCGGGGACGUGGAUGUGAUGGGGGGAUGGGAGGCGACCAACAUAUCGCUGUGGAGGACGGACGUGAGCGACGCCACGUGCGAGUCGUGGGAACGCGUGGAGCUGGUCCCUCUGCGAAAAUGCUCGCUGGUCAAGUGGGCGCGCUUCUACGAGGACUACAUCAAACGCACGCAGUCGCCGGACGGCUCGCCGCGGGACUCCCCGAGGAGCGCGGAAGGAUAGUAA